CUCUCACGGGCUCGGUGGGGGAUGGGGGCUCAGUUCCGCCCCCGCCCCAGCUGUCACGGCGCUGCGCCUGCGCGGCAAGGUCUUUCCCUGAGCGGCGGCGGAUGGGCAGGAAGCACGGAGCAUGCGCGGCGGGGGGCGGCCGGCCGGAGCCCUGAGGCUGCGCGGAGGCGGGGUCGCUCUGGCAGCGCUGGUGCCCGCCGGGGCGGGGGCCAAGCAUGAGGCUCGCCCAGCGGCCGGGGCAGGACCGCGAGCUCGCCGUGCCUGGCAGAGGGUAGUUACCUUCUGAAUUCCCAUGUCUUACCAGCAGGAGGAUUACAAAGAAUCUAUCAAAAUGAUGACAAAUAUUGUCAUUUUGAGCCUGCUUAUUUGUAUUUCGUUAUCUUUCUGGAUUGUGUCUAUGACAGCAAGUACGUACUAUGGUACUUUACGGCCUAUUUCUCCAUGGCGUUGGCUUUUUUCGGUUGUGGUUCCACUAAUGAUUGCUUCACAAGGCUUUAAGAAGAAGAGCCUGGAUCACAGUGGAGCUUUAGGGGGAUUAGUGGUUGGGUUUAUCCUAACAAUUGCAAAUUACAGCUUCUUCACUGCAUUGCUCAUGUUUUUUGUUACUUCUUCAAAACUUACUAAGUGGAAAGAAGAUGUGAAGAAGCGUAUAGAUUCAGAAUUCAAACAAGGUGGGCAGAGGAAUUGGGUGCAAGUAUUCUGUAACGGUGGUGUCCCUACAGAGCUGGCUCUGCUAUAUAUGAUAGAAAAUGGACCAGGUGAAAUUCCAAUAGACUUUUCCAAGCAGUACACUGCAUCAUGGAUGUGUUUAUCCCUUUUGGGAGCUUUGGCCUGCUCUGCUGGAGAUACUUGGGCUUCAGAGAUUGGCAGUGUCUGGAGUAAAAGUGAGCCAAGAUUAAUAACAACAUGGGAAAAGGUUCCAGUAGGUACUAAUGGAGGUGUUACAUUAGUGGGCCUAAUUUCAAGUCUCAUUGGUGGUAUGCUAGUAGGUGUGGCUUACUUCAUUACUCAGCUUGUUUUUGUGAGUGAUCUGGAUAUAUCUGCUCCACAGUGGCCACUUGUUGUGUUUGGUGCAAUGGCUGGUUUACUGGGGUCAAUUAUUGAUUCAUAUUUAGGAGCUACAAUGCAAUAUACCGGUUUUGACAAGCGUAUUGGCAUGGUUGUCAACUACCAAACAAAAGACUCAAAGCACAUAUCUGGAAAACCUAUUCUGGACAAUAAUGCAGUGAACCUCUUUUCUUCUGUAGUCAUUGCUUUGUUACUUCCUGGUGUGGCAUGGGGUUUCUGGCCAAGAGGGUGAAACUUCCUAAGUCUUUUAAUACAUAGUUCAAAUACACUUAAUAUGAAUCAAAGUUUUCUCCCCAAAGCACUGUUUUUACCUUGUUUGAGGAAGUCCUCUGCAUCCUUUUCAGAGCCAGAAGGAUUCACCAUCUUAACUUCCUUAGGCUGUAAGUUUUAUGGCAGCCACCAUCUUUCUGGGAAAAGAGGACCAGAUGAGGCUCUGUUAAUAACCUGUCAGUGCUACUCCUUAAUUGGACACAGUUUGCUACUUUUGUAACAUGAAACACUUCAUUUUCCCUUCUGAAGCUGAAUGCUUGGUCUCCAAAUCAUUUCCAGCCCCUGGCAGAAGAAAGAGUGAGAGAAUACAACCAAAAAUCUAACCUGGAUCUGCCAUACAACUAGUAUUAACACUGUUCUCCAAGCCACAAAGUAUUAUAUAUUUUCUGUAAUACAGAUCAUAGUAGUAUCGAUGAAAUCACUGAAUUCUGGUUUAGUAUAUAUUUCCCAUUGUCUGCUACAAUAUUAUAGGUUUUAUAGAGGUGCAUUGAAGUCUUUAAAAACAUUGUGCUUAAUAAGCAUUGUUGCCUAUUCUAUGUUGUGUUACUUUUUUGCCAUGCUUUUGACAAAAAGUAAGAAAAAGUAAUGGUAUAACAUAAUGUCUCAGGCAUAUGACUAAAUUUAAAAUCAAAACUAAUCUUUUUCCAAUAAGCAAAACAGUUUUCUGUCCUUGUUUUCUGAAAGUCUUCCUUGCUUUUUAUUAAGUAGGAAUAUAAAGCUUAUAUAAGCAGCAUCAAAAGAUACUUCUUCUCAGAUUAAAUUAUUGAUCUUAAAAGUAAAGAUUACAUUUUUUAAUUCAAAAUCAACUGGUUAGAAAAGAUGUAACUUGUUCUGUAACUGUGGAAUUACUCUUUAAUAAUCUGAGUUAAAUAGUAGCACGUUCACCAAGUUGUGGUCUUCAUAAUUCUUUCUCAGUAACACUACUCUUUUGUUUUACAAAUUAUUGCUCACUGGAGAUGUAAAAAGCGUUGGGGCCUUUAUUGUUGAUAAAUUAUUACGGGUUUUUUACUUUUAUCAUUAAAUGACAGGCUAAAAAUUUUUUCAGUUAACAAUUUAAUAUUUAUUAUAUAGAAUCAGAUCCUGCAUCUGGGUUGCGUGCGUGGAUCCUUUUGGCCAUAUAGAGAUCAUCCACCUGGAUCCAUUUGCAGGGUAUGACCCAUAAUGUGUGCACCAAAAAAAGUUUCUUCCAUUCUGAGAGUGAUUACCAGUUCCGGUGAUAUUCCCAGUUUUAAGUAUAGGAGACUUGGCAGAAUCUUUCAAAACAGAAUAAACUAAGUCUGACCACUGCAUCCUAAUGUUCUUGUUGAAAAGCACUGUAACGUGAAAGGCAUAGAUGCCCUUAUUGAUUAAUUAUAUUUAAUUUAACUGCAAAUAAAUCCAUUUUGCUUCAUUAUAUAGUUAGGAUUUUGUGCUAACAUAUUUUUGAUUUUGUUAAUGCCCCAAGGCAUUAGAGGAAGGCUCUUAGAAAGGAAAAAAAGUAGAUGAUGGUGAGCUCAGUAAGAGAGUGAAAACAUACAAAUACUUUGAGGGGGUUUAGCUUUUAAUUUAAAUAUUUGUAUUGUCUGGUAUAUUAUGUUGCAGGAAUCAAAGGUAUCUUUUCAGGGAUUAAGGAGGCUUUUAGCCAAGUUUCCAUUAUAAUCUAAUGCGGAUCCCAAGACUAAAACACCACACAACACGGAACAUAUAUCCAUAAUAUGUUUU